AGUAUCUGCACCUGUGGACAUACUCACGCCACUCAAAACACUCCGCUUCCAUCAUCGGGACGCACAAAAACGGACAGUCUAGCUGAGCCAUGGCCGCAGAGGAGAAAACACCCGGGACCCAGGAAAUGCAGCUGCUGGAUAUCAGCUCCAGCUCUCCCCAAACAGAGUCGAAAGGUUCACAGGAAACAGAGCGUGAGGACAGGACCGUCCACCUGGAGAAGCCGCCGUAUUCAUACGUGGCUCUGAUUGCGAUGGCAAUCAAAGAGAGCCAGGAUAAGAGGACGACUCUGAGCGGGAUUUAUGAGUACAUCAUAUCAAAGUUUCCAUACUACGAGAAGAACAAGAAAGGAUGGCAAAACAGCAUUCGGCACAAUUUGUCUCUUAAUGAGUGCUUCAUCAAGGUCCCGAGGGACAGCGGGGGGGACAGGAAGGGCAACUACUGGAUGCUGGACCCGGCUUUUGAGGACAUGUUCGAGAAAGGGAACUACCGGCGCCGGAGGAGGGUGAGGAGACCCUACAGACCCGCAGGCCUGCCUUACCUGACAGGAAACCCUAUGGAGUAUCCAGAGUCUCUCUACCUUCAGUCGUAUGUGAGCGGCGCCUGGGCGAGUGGGUACCCUGCGCCCCAGGUCGUCUCCGGAUCCACCCGCGGACUGCCCAUCGGCGGUUCCUACUGCCCGCCGCCGCACUUCCAUCCCUCCGUUUACGGGGCCUACCAACAUCGCCACCCGCCCGUGCUGGUUCCACACAACGGGUACCCUUACGGAGGAGUGACCCAGCCGGUGAGCCCGGACGGAAGCACGGUGUCUGUGCCUGGCCCGCAGUUCACUUCCUACUCACGGCAAGCGGAGUCGCCGCUGGUUUAUUUCUCGGAGCAGUGAGGACUGCAGGCUUUCUGACUGGUGGCCGCCGGUUCACAGAUUCACGGUUCAUGUGCUUCACUAUUUCAGGUCAGCUGGCCGUCGUUCAUCAAGUACGUUAAAUUUACUGUUUGAUGGUUGAAUUAGUUAGAUCACACUUUGAAACGUUAGCUCUUACACAUUUGUAAGAUGUCUGUCUUUUUUUUUUUUUUUUUUAGACGCUGGUUUCAAAGAGACAAUAACAGAUUUGAUUGAGGUUGUUCAAAAUUAAAUAGAUUAAGCUGCCAGAACGACAUGAGAUAAAUACAGAUAUUUUUUUUUUACAGUUGUGUAAGGAAAAUGUUGUCAGCCUACAUAUUUUAUUAACUUUUAUUUUUGUAUCUAGAAAACGCUGAAAUAGGCUGUUUAUGUACGUUAUUUACUGAUUUUUUUAUUGUUCUAAUUCUUUGAGCUGCUACAUUAUUGAUGACACUGAUGCACUGACUCGUUUAUAUUGUUUAAAUUGUGAAUGUUUCA